GGCAGCUCAGUUGGAAAACCAAAGAGUAUUGGUCUGUAGUGACUCUGUAACAGCUGUCCGUAGUCUUGGGACGGGUGUGUCCAGGAGUAGACAGGACAUUGUCUAUGAUGCCCUUUUGGCGAUCAGGGAGAUGAUGUUGAGAGGAAAUGAGGUAACAUUGAUGUGGGUUCCUGCUCAUGUAGGUAUUCCAAUGAAUGAGAGGGUGGAUGGGUUAGCGAAGGCAGCGGUGAGGAAGGGCAGUAUAGAUGUCCAUAUUAGUCUAUCUAAGGCGGAAGGUCGGUGUAUUGUCUGGAAACAGAUUAUUUUACAAUGGCAACACCAAUGGGAGGGAGAAGUUAAGGGACGGCAUUUGUUCUCAUUACAUAAAAGCGUGUCUGAUCCGGCGCUUUGUAAGGGCAGAGGAUGGAAGAGGGAGGAGGGGGUCAUUUUCUAUAGGUUACGACUUGGUCAUACUUACCUCAAUCAUACUCUACUCUGUAUGGGGAAGCAUCAAGAUGGGCUGUGCAUAGAGUGUCAGCAACCAGAGACAGUACAGCAUGUGAUUUUGGAUUGUACUAAAUUUACUACGGAGAGGCAAGUACUUUUUACAGAGCUGAGGAAAUUGGGUAUGUUAGUAGUGUCUUUGGGUAAAAUUCUAGAACUGGGAUAUGCUGGGAAGGGGAAGUACUGGUUAUUUAAGUAUUUCAGAGAUACUGGCCUCAUUAAGAGGAUAUGAGGUAAAGGAGGAAUGAUCCUGAAGGGGGCAGCAAUGCAACAAGUUGGAUGCCGGCUGCCGUAAAACCCCACAGAAGAAGAAGAAGAAGACUGGCGAACUGGAGGUGGUGGCAGCACUGAGCUGUGACUGAAGUGAGGAUGGACGGAAGUGAUGACGGAUCUGGCAGUGAGCCAGACUCGUUUGGUUGUAGGAGCGGGAAUAGGGCCGGUGAGGGAGGAGAAUGGCAGGUUGUGCGGUCUAAGAAGAGCAGACGUUUGUCUGAGGAUAGAGAUUCUAGCGGCAGUGAAGUGCGUGGAGAGACUGUGAAGCGUCGUAAGGAUGAAUACCUCAUUUUGAUCCAGUUUGAAUCUGAAUCUGCUGGUGUGCUGAAUCCGGUCAGGUUGACAUCUGAAAUCAAAUCAGCUCUAGGGGAUGUGGCCGGAGCUAAGGUGUUGAGAGGAGUAGGUGGCGGUAAUGCACCUUCAGUUGGUCUGCCAUCCGCCAUAAACCUGAAAGAAGAAGAAGAAGAAGAAAGAAGGCGGAAACUGCGGUGCUACCGGUUAAACGUAGCGCGAUUUAAACUUCUGAACAGCGGUGAAGCUGAAUGUGUAUAAGUAUUUUACACAAUACUACAUUAACAGUUUAAACACAUUUAUGUGCUACUGUAGUUAGUCCUGCCUAUAUGCCGCUCUUAAACAGAAGUAACUGAAUGAAAACGUUAGAAAAGCCCUGACUUUUUUUUCUGGAAUGGCACUUUCGUGAUUUUUUUUUCCUUUAUUGUAGUAAUUGCAUUAAAUCGUGUAUACGUGUG